AUGAAAAGAAUGUUAAUCAAUGCUUCCCAUUCCGAAGAGGUGCGCAUUGCCCUGGUUGAUGGUCAGAAACUGAAUGACCUCGACAUCGAAAAUCGAUCCCGCGAGCAGAAAAAAUCCAGUAUCUACAAAGCCAGAAUCACACGCGUUGAACCCAGCCUGGAAGCUGCGUUUGUCGAUUUCGGUUCUGAGCGCCAUGGCUUUCUCCCACUGAAAGAAAUUGCCCGUGGUUACUUCAAGAAACGUAUGAGCGAAGGCGGUUCACGCACACCUAUUCAGGACCUGGUGCAGGAAGGCCAGGAAGUGCUGGUUCAGGUUGAUAAAGAAGAACGCGGAAACAAAGGCGCUGCGCUUACGACCUUCAUCAGUCUGGCAGGACGUUAUAUGGUCCUGAUGCCAAACAACCCUCGAGCAGGCGGUAUUUCACGCCGGAUUGAAGGUGAAGACCGCGACGAACUCCGCGAAGCGCUUUCUCACCUGGAUAUUCCCGAAGGUAUGGGCGUCAUCGUCCGCACCGCCGGCGUUGGUCGCAGUGCUGAAGAAUUACAAUGGGACCUGGCUUACCUGCUACAACUCUGGCAAGCCAUCCAGAGUGCCAACGAAGUAGAAAAAACACCGUCCCUGAUCUAUCAGGAAAACAGCGCGGUGUUGCGUGCGAUCCGCGACAACUUGCGCCGUGAUAUUGGUGAGGUAUUGAUUGAAGGCGAAGAGGCCUACGCAGAAGCAUCUGCUUUCAUUGCCCAGGUCAUGCCGCACUACAAAGAAAAAGUAAAACCUUAUAGUGACGGCAUACCACUUUUCAGCCGUUAUCAGAUUGAAAGCCAGAUUGAAUCUGCUUUUGAGCAUACGGUGAAAUUGCCCUCUGGCGGCAGCAUUGUCAUUGAUCCGACAGAAGCCCUGGUUUCCAUCGAUAUCAACUCUGCACGCGCUACAAAAGGUGCGGAUAUUGAAGAAACCGCGCUGAACACCAACCUGGAAGCCGCAGACGAAGUUGCCCGGCAGUUGCGAAUCCGGGAUAUCGGCGGACUGAUCGUGAUCGAUUUUAUCGACAUGGUGAACCAGAAAAAUCAGCGGGCGGUAGAGAACCGCAUGCGCGAUGCGCUGGAAGUCGAUCGUGCGCGCGUCCAGGUCAGCCGGAUCUCAAGAUUUGGCUUAAUGGAGAUGAGUCGCCAGCGCUUGCGUCCAUCGCUGGAAGAAAUUACGACGGUUUUGUGCCCUCGCUGUAAUGGUCAGGGCCGCAUUCGAGACACCAAGUCUCUGGCGCUGGCAAUUCUUCGGAUUCUUGAAGAAGAAUCUUUAAAAGAGCGCAGCGCCGUUGUGCGCGUCCAGGUACCACUGGCGGUCGGGGCUUACCUGUUGAAUGAGAAACGCCAGGGUGUCGCUGAGAUUGAACAGCGUACCGGCUGCCAUGUUGUCAUCAUUCCGAACACCAAUCUCGAUACGCCACAUUAUAUUGUUGAGCGACUUCGAGAUGACCACGUCAAAGAAGAAGGCAUUGUCCCCAGUUCAACCCUCUCAGAACUGGCCAAUCAGGCAAGUGACGAAGACAUCCCGGACGACAGUGUUGUUAUCAACAGGCCGCAAGCUGCAGUACAAACCCUGCAACCUCAACAGCCGCCGCCGCCACCUGUGGCUACGCAAGAAAAACCAGCCGCCGCCGCAGCCCCUGUCGCAGCGGCAGCUGCACCUACUGCAAAAGCAGGAUUCUGGUCAAAACUUGUUAAAAACCUGUUCAGCGACGAGCCAACAUCUGCUGAGGACGAUAGCCAGUCGACAGGCAGGAAAACCGAAAAUCGCACUCGCCAGCCGGCUAAGCGCCAGGAUCGUGAGCAGCCGUCUCGCAGCAGCAAUCGGGGCAGAACCAGCCGUGACCAGGCUAAGUCCACACAGUCCAAGCCUGAGCAAAGCAGACCUGCAAAAAGCAGCGACGAUGACGCGGGUGACAAAAAUAGACGGGAAAAUAACAGCGAGCGUCCAAAACGCAGCAGUCGCAAAAACGACAAGCCGGAGACUCGCAACAGGAGCGACGUGAAAGAAACGGGUGAUAAGCCCAGCACGCCAAAACGUGAAGGUCCGAAAAAACCCAGACCUUCUGCAGCAGAGCGCGCGCCCAGUGAAGAUGCACUUGAAAGCAGCAAACGCGCACCCAAACGUAACCGCUCAGAGCCAAAACCAGCGACUAAUCAGUCCACCUUUAAAAGUCAGGGCCCUGACAAAACAAAGAGCACUGUUGAGGUUAUAUCAAAUGCCGCUGGCGGUAUCGCAAGCACACCCUCAUCGGAUGACAACUCCGGCACGAACACUGCCGAGCGUAAACCUGCCAAACCAAGAGGUAGAGCAUCUAACGAUCCGCGUAACAGAAACAAGAAAAGCGCGGAGAAUGACAAUCCCAGCGACGCGGCGCCAUCUGCAGUGGUUGAAACACCCGCGGUAGAAGUGCAGCAGGAUCAACCAGAGGUAGCUGCAAAAGUAUCUGAAGCAACAGCAGAUAAACCUGCAAGGGCGGCGAAGAAAACGCCGGCAGCACAGGAUUCUGAACUAUCUGAGCUCGAGCAAAAACCUGCUGCUAAAGCCGAGGAAGCAACGAUAAAAGCGCCCGCUAGAAGCCGCAGCAACACUGCCCCGGCUAAAGAAAGCGUGCCUGACGCUGCAGCGAAGGAUGUGGAAAAAGUACCUGCACCCCAACGCGACAAUGAGAAAACCUCGAAACCAGCAGAAACAGCCGCGUCCGAGGCAACACCCGUGCCAGAGACCGCGUCCAAAGCAGAGCCAAAAAUAGCAGCUAAGCCUGAACCAGAAGUAAAAGCGGCACCUGAAACCGCAAAAAUGGAGGCUGCAUCAACGGAGCCUGCAGCUGAACCUGCACCGGUGCGUCCUGCCCGCGCUUAUAAUGAUCCACGAGAGAUCAAACGCAGGCAGCGUGAAGCUGAACUUAAAGCACAGGGUGUGAUGAGUAACAGCAGCACCCGUCAGGACAACACUGAUGGUUCCAGUUCCAAGUGA